AUGUCGGGGGCUGCACAACCCAUAGAGGUCAUAUUCUAUAAGAAUGUUAAGAAAGAAAUUGAGGAGAACAGGAAUAAGCUGACUUUGAUUGCUGAUGCUGUCCUCUAUGGUCGUUGUCUAGGUUUGCCACUACGCGGCCAUCGUGAUGAUUGUAAGUAUCAUCCAGAGGUCAGACAGUAUUCUACUGGGGGUGUUGACAACUUUAUUGAAACUCUUAACUUAAAAGUGCGGUGAUAAAGGUGAUAAAGUUUUAGAGAAUCACUUGAAAACAUGUGGCAAAAAUAAAAGCUACAUUUCUAAGACCAGUCAAGAUUAGAUGAUCAAGUGCUUUGGUCAGGUUAUCUCCGAACAGAUUGUAAAUGAUAUUAAGGAAAGUAAGUUCUUUACUAUUAUUGCUGAUGAUACUGCAGAUUAUCACACAAAGAGCAAAUGGCCAUUGUUUUGCAUUUUGUUGAUAAAAAUAUGGAUAUUAGAGUGGAGUUUAUUGCUUUCCUUCAGUGUAUGUGGGGAUUAAGUGGAGAGAAUCUUGCCAAACUUUUAUUACAUGCUCUCAAUGACCUUGAUUUGCCGAUUGAGGAUUGUCAAGGACAGGGGUAUGAUGGUGCUGGUUGUGUAAAAGGUUUGGCUGCUCAUAAGGUAGAGCCCAAUGGCCAAUCCAUUCUUUGGAUGCAAGAUUUUACAUUGAUAGUGUUAAUGUUUACCUAGGGCUUUAUAGCAUUGUGCCUGCAGUGAUCACAUGAUAGACAUGUGAUACAAUAACAUUUAUAUAUAGUUUUAGGGUGUGUUCACAUUAGUGAUUGAUUGAGCGUUGAAUAAAUAAGUACAACAUUACAAUGGCGACGAGGAAAAAUGUGCUAAAACGAAAGUUAUAAUCGAUAUCAGUGCUUUAGUAUGGCAACUGCGGGAAAGAUAGAUGUAGCUCCUCUUGCUCCGUUUGAUCCGAUAUCAGAACCGACAUCCUUAAGUCAAUGAUGGAAAGUUUGGAAACGCAGAUUCGAAACGUAUUUAGUCGCGGUAAAUGUGAAAGAUAAUGCCCAGAAACGAGCAUUGUUACUUUAUCAAGCCGGUGAGGCAACACAGGAAAUCUUCGAUACACUUUCAGAGACAGGAGAGGACAAUGAUUACAAGACUGCAAUUGAGAAAUUGGACGAAUAUUUUUCCCCGAAGAAAAAUGUGGAUUACGAGAUAUUUCAAUUCCGUCAAGCAAAGCAAAACGCCGAUGAACGAACAGACCAAUUUGCAACACGACUUCGCAAACUAGCAGCUCACUGUGAAUUCCACGAUGUAGACCAUGAAAUAAAAUCGGCUAUUAUUCAAAAUUGUCGAUCUAAACAUCUCAGGCGGUAUGCCUUACGGCAAGAUAAAGUGACUCACCGAGUUGUUAUCGAAAGCUAG